AUGAAGCGGCAGCGGCCGUCUUCAUGGCUGCAACUACUACAUCUACCCCUACUCCACUGGCUGUUUAUAUUUCAAGCGUUAUGGCAAUUUAGUGCCGCCAUACACCUAACUGGCACAUUUCAUACAAACGACUUUUUCAAAGUUAUCACCAAAUUUGGUUUCCAAAAAGCCGAAGCGACCAUACCACAUGGUGGCUCAUUUGGCUACAUAUACGGUAAUAUCACAGCGAGUAAGGAUAAAUUUGUACAACCCAUUUCAUUGGUGGUAUUGGACAAGAAGGCAUUUGUUGAUUUCUAUAGUAAUCGCAGUAUUGCUGAUCCUGAGUUGGCGUGUCAACGUAUGUUUGCCCACCUACAACCGCUAAUCUAUGAUGAGACAUGCAACAAACAGGGUAAACGUGAUUAUGUGCGACGGGUGCCAUGCCCACAUGGUGGGUUGUGUGCGGACGAGGAUACGCCCAGCAACGUGAUAACGCAACAUCAGUUCACCUACACUAUUAGCGAAGUAUCUGAGGCAAGAUUCUGGUAUGUCGCACUCACUGCCUGCUAUCGUAAUCGCACCACUUGUAAGUGGCAAGCCUACGAUCAUCUCAAAAGUUCCCAUGAACUUGCCUAUGAUAUUUAUGUGGUCAAUACACAUCCAAAUAAUUCUGCAGCACAUCCACUCAGCUUUCAAUUCUCCUUCGAUCAGCAGAAUUUACUUGAAAUGUAUAUGAUUUUCCUGCUCGUCUAUUUGGUACUAUUACCGGUGCAAAUAUAUGCUGUGCGUUUGCAAAAACAUCCUGUGACGCGUCUCUUUACCCUUAGCUUGGCCAGCGAGUUUGUCAGUUUGGCUUUCAUUACGGCGCAUUUGAUAAAAUUCGCUCUCAAUGGUGUUGGCAUGCCGAAUAUGCAGACAGCGGGCGAUAUAUUGGAUAUAUUUAGUAGAACUACUUUCAUGUUAAUCCUGCUGCUGUUGGCUAAAGGCUGGGCCGUUACGCGUCAGCAAAUAAAUCGUACUGGUUGGAUUAUAUUGAUGAGCAUAUGGGUACCAUAUUGCGCUUUUCAAAUGUUCCUCUAUGUUUGGGAUAAGACGGAGGUCGAUAUUAUAUCCGAUGUAGAUGAAUAUCAAACUUGGCCGGGCUGGAUUGUUUUGAUACUACGCACAUCAUUCAUGACUUGGUUCCUCUACGAGCUGCGGAACACCAUGAAAUACGAGCAUUCGACGAAAAAACUGGAUUUCUUGCUGCAUUUGGGCGCCUCCAGUCUGGUGUGGUUCAUCUAUUUACCCAUUGUAGCUAUCGUCGCAUUGCAGGUGAGUCCAAUGUGGCGUUACAAAUUGCUGCUGGGCAUUACCAACUCAGCCGACUGCCUGGCAUACUGUGUAAUGACCGGUUUGUUGUGGCCCAAUCGUUCGGGCCAAUAUUUGUUGUUAGCCGGCAAUAAGUACACAGGCAUGGACGAGCUGGACGAAUUCAAUGAAGCGCCACAUAUUGUACGCGAACGUGAACGUCGUCGAAACUCGCCCGAUGCAAUAAUUAUAGCGAAUGGGGAUGUUACGCAUGCCAACAUGAAUGGCGGUGUGGUCGGGACACUAGGUGGCGGUGCUAACACUUUGCUUACAACAACGAAUGCGGUGAAUGGUGAUGCAUGUGUGGAUUUGCUGGAGGCAGAAGAUCUUGAUGCGGUACUUUUAACCGAUUUGAAUAAAAAUAGUCAUGUUGUGGCAUAAGUGUUAAUGAAAAUGUUGUAGUUGUAGUAGUGUAGUAGCGCGCAAAAAUGAAAGGAAGAGAGGAUGUGAGGAAAUAUUGUACUGUAAACGCUUGUAGAUUUGUGAGUUAUUUGAUAAAUGUUUUGUUUUUUGCACCGUUUAGUAAGUGCACAGACUACUUAUAUUUAUAUAAAUACAUACUUAUAUUUAUAUAAAUAUAGUAUGUAAUGUGUGUGUUAGCGCAGUAAGCAAUUAAUGGGUAGGUAAAAAAAGAAGAAAAGUUUAUGAAAUUUUGAUGCGAAAUUGUCUGACAAUGAAAAAGUAGAAAUGGUUGACGAAAGUCGUUGUGCAUCGUAUGUGAUGAUUUUAUGAUUUUAUACAUAUAAACACUAUUUUAUUGUAAUUAUAAUUAUUACUAUGAUUAAUUAUUGUAUUAUUAUAGAUAUUUACUUUAGUUUUGUAUAUUUACAUUAAUAAAAUCUAUGUUUACAUUACAAUAGCUUUUAGUUUAGUUAUAAAUUCUUACAAAAAAAAAAACAAACAAUACAAAAUAUAUUGUAUAAACUUACAUAUUUCUAUUUUGUGAUGUAGUCAAGUAUACAUAUGCAUAUGUUAAUAAACAGAGCAGACAUUGUAAUUAUAUGAAAGAAGAAACUCAUUUAUAUUAUGCACUUGGUUAAUGCAUAAUGCCAUUAAACAUACAUAUAUACAUAUAUAUAUGUCUAUAUAAAUAUAGCGAGUAAGCAACACAUUUCAUAUUGUAUGCGUUUAUUAUAGAAACAACAAAAACAAAAUCUUUAUAAAACAUAGCAGAAUAAGCACUGUUUGAAUGAGCAUUAUAUUGUACUUGGGUAGUUACAUACAAACAUACAUACAUAUGUCGAUAGUUACUUUAGUAAUAAAUAAAAGAAGUGUUACACAAACCAAAAACGACAAAAAAAACGGCAACAAAUCACACAAAACAACAAAAAAGUACGUGUAUGCUGCAGGUACACAACGAUUUCUGCAGCCUUGUGCUAUAUGGACUUUGUAAAAUGAACUUAUGAUUGUUAAUGUAACAAAUAAAAUUUGAAAAAAAAAC